CGGCCGGGACGGGACGGAGCGGCGGGGCCCGGCGCGGCGAGGCGAUGUCGGCAUUCUCGGAAGCGGCGCUGGAGCGGAAGCUGUCGGAGCUGAGCAAUUCGCAGCAGAGCGUGCAGACCCUGAGCCUGUGGCUCAUCCACCACCGCAAGCACUCGGCGCUCAUCGUCAGCGUGUGGGAGCGAGAGCUGCGCAAAGCAAAACCAAAUAGGAAGCUGACAUUCCUGUACUUGGCCAAUGAUGUCAUACAGAACAGUAAAAGGAAAGGACCAGAAUUUACAAAAGACUUUGCUCCAGUAAUAGUGGAGGCUUUUAAGCAUGUUUCAAGUGAGUCUGAUGAGAGUUGUAAGAAACACCUUGGCCGAGUGCUGUCUAUCUGGGAAGAAAGGUCUGUUUAUGAAAAUGAUGUAUUAGAACAACUUAGGCAAGCUUUGUACGGAGACAGAAAGGUGAGGAAGCGCACGUAUGAACAGAUCAAAGUUGAUGAAAAUAACUGUUCACCUCGAAGUUCUCCCACUGAUCCUCCUCAGACCACAGAUCUCAUUAGAGCAUUACAAGAACUAGAAAAUGCUGCCUCUGGGGAUGCAGCAGUUCACCAGAGAAUAGCUUCCUUGCCUAUAGAGGUCCAGGAUGUGUCCCUGUUAGACAGAAUAACAGAUAAGGAGUCUGGAGAGCAACUUUCCAAAAUGGUAGAUGAUGCAUGUAUGUUGCUGGCGGAUUACAAUGGCAGGUUGGCAGCUGAAAUAGAUGAUAGAAAGCAGCUAACUCGAAUGUUAUCAGACUUUCUCCGAUGUCAAAAAGAGUUCCUUGCAGAGAAAGAACAUAAGCUGGAAAAAAGCAGUUGAUGAAGGUUCUUCCUGUCAACCUUACUGUAUUUAUCCUGUGGGAAGAAUAUCAACCAACUUCAUGUGAGAUAGAUGGUAUGCACAGUAGUGCUGGUUUCAGUAGCAACUGAUCCAACUGCAUAAUGGAACCUGGAAGAUUAAAGAACAGGAAGCCUUAAGCUUUUUAUCAUAUGCCCUACCUUCCCUCUGCCUAUGUAAUGAGUUUGAAGGACAAGUUCCCACAGUUUCAGUGAAUGGCUGGUUGUCUGGAGGCACUGACUUGUUUAUGUAGCUCAUUACCAGCAGUUGUACCCUGUUUAGUUACAGUAGACUACCAGGAUAGUGAGUUUGUCAAAAGGCAGUGACUUAGUCCUCCAGGCAGAUUUACAUUUCUGUAUAACAGGAGUGCUCCGUUUAAAUGAAAUUAAAAAUGGUAGCGCAGCUGUGAACAGAUUCCACCCUUGUUAUUUAUAAAUACAAACCAGUGUAAUUUCCCAAUAUUAGUAGAUGACAUAAUUCAUAAUUCUGAGAGAAAGUAUUUGCAUAUUACUGGGCUGUUAUGGUCCUUCACAUGGUUUUGUGGCUGAACUAUUUAGACUGCUAAAUUUAAUUCUAGUCUCGUUUCAUUUUUGGACUAGUUUGAGGCCUUUCCUUAAAAAGUAGACAGUCCUCAGUGUCUGUGGCAGUCUGUUUUAAACAGGUGAAGUCCUAGGAUGUUGAAGUACACUGUAAAAAUGUUUUUAGGCUGAUUAGUGUGGCAUAAAUAUGAUUUCCUAGUACAGAACUGUGAGCCAAGACGGUGUCAACCCACUUACUAAUAAAGGCCUAUGAGCCAAGAGGUUUUGAAAAACAAGAACCUUAAAAUGAAGUUUCUGAACUAGUGUGACUUCAUGCUCACUACCAGUAGUGCUUUUUGGUUUGGGAAGUAGAGGCUGAUAAACAGCCUCUGAAGUUUGGAAAGAAAGGAUUAGGAUGUUUUAGUAAUAUUGUCUGUUAGGUUCGCUGACUUAGCACAUAAAAGAUUUAUUUUGGUGAUUAAAAAAUGGACAUGAAGCAAGGACUCUCUCUUUUUUUACAGAUUUGGGAAAUUCCAUGGCUCAAAUUGAAGCUUGUUUCUUGGCUUCUCAUUUGAAAUAGCACUGAGAGAAGGCCUGUCACCUAAUUCUUUGAGAAUGAAUUUCCCUGAGCUGUCUGUCCCUAGGUUUUGCUGUUCAGGUUUCAUUUCUGGUGCAAUUAAUUUGUUCCAGAUAAGCUUGUCUCACAUGUUACAUUUCUGGCUAUUGACACUUUGCCAAGUAUACCGUGGUCUCUCAGUUGUAACAAAGUCUUUAUUUCUUCCUGAAUUAUUAUCACCCGUCCGUGAGUAUAAUGCUGAGAUCCUACCUUAACAAACAGGUAUAGUAAGGAGCAAGUGGGUAUAUUCUUAGUUGGAUCUGGAAAUGUUACCUGCUGUUAACCUUGUUUAACAAUUUGAAUUGAAAUUCCCAAAGAACUGUCAGUAGCUUUCAGCUUUAGAUAGAAACUUUAGACCUAAAUUUGCAGAUCUUCUAUCUUCUAAAGAUAAUUUACAGGUAAGCAAUUUUGAAUAACCAAUCUGUUGAAUAACCGUAAGUUUUUAAGAAUAGGAGUCUCUCUAGUAGUUAUUUCUGAAACAGAAGAGAAUGUUUCCUAUCAAAAGCAAGGUAAUGUAUGUGCUAAAUCUUGACAGGAAAUUUUGAUAACAGGUAAAUAAUGUCAUGUCUGCAUCAAAAGCUUACUGUACAGCUUGGUAGGUGACUUUCCUAAGUAUGUUUGGGGUAAGUAGUGUCAUCUUUAACUCUUAAAUUGUUUUCUUUAACGUCUGUCUAGCUUCUGUUGCAGGUGGUGGACAUGGACCUAUCUUCUAAUGAUGUCACCAUCCAUUAGUACACACAUCCUGCUAAAAAUAAAUUUAAGAA